AUGGCUACCGGCACACCCAGAGCUAUAACACCUAAUGACGACGUAGUCACUGUGUCAGCAUUGCGCACACCCAUGACUAAAGCCCAUCGUGGCGGCUUUAAAGAUACUACACCCGACGUGCUACUUAGUCACGUGCUCAAAGCUGUACUUAAGCAAGCCAAGGUGGACCCAGAGCUCGUAGGUGAUAUAGUGGUCGGCAAUGUAUUGCAGCCUGGAGCGGGAGCUGGUAUGGCGCGUAUGGCUCAACUAGCGGCUGGUAUUCAACAUACAGUGCCUCUACACGUGGUAAACCGGCAGUGUAGCUCUGGUCUACAGGCUGUAGCUGAUGUCACAGCGGCUAUAAAAGCGGGGUAUUACGAUAUUGGUAUUGCUGCAGGUGUUGAAUCCAUGUCACUAUCUGGAAUCGGAGACGAUGUCCCGACUGUCAACUGGCAGCACAUUGGAGCGGUUCAAGAUGCAAUGGAUUGCACAGUACCCAUGGGAAUUACAAGCGAGAACGUAGCCGAGAAAUUUAAUAUCUCACGCUCUGAGCAGGAUAAGCUAGCAUUAUCAUCUCACACUAAAGCAGCAACAGCUCAGACCAACGGAUGGUUUGAUGAGGAGAUCACACCUGUGCUUACGACUAUCAAGGACCUUGAUGGCAACGAGAGGUCAAUUGUUAUCUCUCAAGACGAUGGUGUGCGAGCUGACACUACCAUGGAAAAGUUAGCAAAACUCCGUCCAGCUUUUAAAAAAGAUGGUUCGACUACAGCUGGCAACUCGAGUCAAGUCAGUGAUGGUGCUGCUGCGGUACUAAUGAUGCGUCGUUCAGUAGCUGAUAAGAUGGGACUGUCGAUUCUUGGCCACUUUGUGUCAUUUGCCGUCACUGGUGUCCCUCCUGCACUCAUGGGUGUGGGACCGCUGUAUGCUAUUCCAAUGGCGUUGCAAAAAGCGAAUUUGAGUAUAGAUCAAAUCGAUGUAUUUGAGAUUAACGAGGCAUUUGCUAGUCAAGCAGCGUAUUGCAUUAAGGAGCUUAAAAUUCCGAUUGAAAAAGUCAAUCCGAAAGGAGGUGCUAUUGCACUGGGCCACCCUUUAGGCUGCACGGGUGCUCGUCAGGUAGCAACGCUGUUGUAUCAGCUCAAAAGAACAAACCAACACUAUGGGGUUAUUUCAAUGUGUGUUGGCUCGGGCAUGGGCGCUGCAGCUGUCUUCUUGCGCGAAUAA